AUGAAAGGCUCGAAAACAGAAUAUCAGGAAACGGAUGAGACCAACCCAACACAGCCCACAGUCCCAGCACACAGCCCACAGUCCCAGCACACAGCCCACAGUCCCAGCACACAGCCCCAGCCCACAGCCCACAGGACACAGUCCCAGCCCACAGUCCCACCACACAGCCCACAGUCCCAGCCCACAGUCCCAGCCCACAGGACACAGUCCCAGCCCACAGUCCCAGCCCCAGCCCACAGUCCCACCACACAGCCCACAGUCCCAGCCCACAGCCCACAGCCCCAGCACACAGUCCCAGCCCACAGGACACAGUACCAGCCCACAAUCCCAGCACACAGUCCCAGCCCACAGCCCACAGCCCCAGCCCACAGCCCACAGCCCCAGCCCACAAGACACAGUCCCAGCCCACAGUCCCAGCUCACAGUCCCAGCCCACAGUCCCACCACACAGCCCACAGUCCCAGCCCACAGCCCACAGCCCCAGCACACAGUCCCAGCCCACAGGACACAGUACCAGCCCACAAUCCCAGCACACAGUCCCAGCCCACAGCCCACAGCCCCAGCCCACAGUCCCAGCCCACAGCCCACAGCCCCAGCCCACAAGACACAGUCCCAGCCCACAGUCCCAGCUCACAGUCCCAGCCCACAGUCCCAGCCCACAGCCCACAGCCCCAGCACACAGUCCCAGCCCACAGCCCGCAGCCCCAGCCCACAGUCCCAGCCCACAGCCCACAGCCCCAGCACACAGUCCCAGCCCACAGCCCCAGCACACAGUCCCAGCCCACAGUCCCAGCCCACAGCCCCAGCACACAGUCCCAGCCCACAGCCCACAGCCCCAGCACACAGUCCCAGCCCGCAGCCCCAGCACACAGUCCCAGCACACAGCCCCAGCACACAGCCCACAGCCCACAGUCCCAGCCCGCAGCCCCAGCACACAGCCCCAGCACACAGCCCCACCACACAGCCCACAGCCCACAGCCCCAGCACACAGCCCACAGCCCACAGCCCCAGCCCACAACCCACAGCCCCACCACACAGCCCACAGCCACAGCCCACAGCCCACAGCCCACAGCCCCACCACACAGCCCACAGCCCCACCACACAGCCCACAGUCCCAGCCCCACCACAGAGCCCACAGCCCCACAGCCCCAGCCCACAGUCCCAGCCCACGGUCCCAGCCCACAGCCCACAGACCCACCCCAUAGCCCCACCACACAGCCCACAGCCCCAUCACACAGCCCACAGUCCCAGCCCACAGCCCAUCCACACAGCCCCACCACACAGCCCACAGUCCCAGCCCACAGCCCACAGUCCCAGCCCACAGCCCACACUCCCAGCCCACAGCUCACAGCCCCACCACACAGCCCACAGCCCCACCACACAGCCCCAGCCCACAACACAGCCCACAGCCCCACCACACAGCCCACAGUCAGGUCAGUUCAGCUGA